AUGUCUAAUCGAGCCCAACCUCGCAAGUCUCACAAGAAGCCCAGGAUCGAUGAAGAGAAUUUACCAGCUCCUUGUCACACAGAGCGCAUCAGUCAACACCCUAGGUGUCCUGACAAGCCCAUCUCUUUCGCUCCUGCAGCAGUUGGUGCCACUUCUCUGCCGUCUGAUACAGAUGUUGAGACAUCUGCAAUGGGCCUUCCUAGUGCAUCGGAGUCCGAAUUUGUGGUGCAGCCACCCUUCUCCGAGAUUGACCAGGAGGUGCCACUCAAGGUCUCAGAAGGUGGAUCGUGCCCCCUGCCCGAGAUCCACCAAGAUGCACCCCUCAAUGUCACUCAAGGCGCCUCGAACCCGAUGCUGGACCCGGACUCUGUAGCGGACCUCCGUGCUCUUCCUGAACCUGGACCAACCGUCACUGCCGCUGUCCAACAUUUGGACCCUACAGCCUCCAUCCUGCGCUGUCUUCAAGCAGUCCGUGUGCCUCCUGUUGUUUGUGCUCCCACUGGUCCCUUCUCCGACGAGUUAAUAAUAAGAGCCCUGAGCCAGAUUGAUCCAGUUAUCCUCAGAGAUGCCAACGAGGUAUUUGUGAGACGCGAUGCAGGGCGGGCCAUGGCAUCUUCUCCACCUGUGCCAGCCAGGGUCUCUCAGCCUACUCCGAGUUCAGAGACCAUUGGGCACAUAGCCACGGUGAACCAAGCACUUGCUGCUGGUGUCCCCGACACUGUUCAACCAGCACUGGUUCUGCAAGGUCUUCCAACCACUCCGGAGACGCAAGCUCUCACGCUGAGUGCUCAAACGAGCAGUGCUGGUGAACCUGCACUGGUUCCCCAAGGUCUUCCAACAGCUCCGGAGAUGCAAGCACUCACGCCGAAUGCUCAAACGAGCAGUGCCGGUGGCACAUUGCCUGUCCAACAGUUUCUUCAGGAGAGGUAUUCCCAUCAGAUAGCUCUCACCAAGGCCGUCUGCCGCUCCAGGAUUAUAGGCAAGGUGGUUGAGCAGCACAUUGUUGUGAAGAUCGUCGGUGACUCCUUGGACGACACUGGUGUUGUCAAGCAUUCGGUGCUGGCUGUCAAGUGCGAGGAUGCCUUUGGCAGAGAGGUAUGGGUUCAGCACGAUGAUGUAGUGGACACCUUCAAUGUGAAUCGGUCAACACUCUCAGCCGCCAUGACCUUGUUCACCAAACUCGAGGGCGCUUAUGCCUGGUUGCUGAUGCAAGAGGAAGAUGGGCCAUAUGAAGGUGACGAGAAUGACAAGCUUGUGCUCAAGGACGUCCAGGCAAUCUGUGACCACAACGGGUUCAUUCAUCAUGCGGACAUCGACAGCUUGCUCGCUGUCUACCACAGUGGUGUCCUGGAAGCUGCGGUAUUGUCGGUCUUACCGAGCAAAGACUCGCCGUUCCUGUCGCACAAGUUGGGGCCGCUCAUGUGUCACCACAACAUCAAAUCGUAG